UUCUCCCAAAAAAAGAGAAGAACAAUCUCAAGUUUUCUGGCGCGUGAAAACUGAAUCUCACACUCACCACUGCUAGCAAAUACUGGUAAAGAGAGGGAAAAGAAAAGUCAGCAUUUACUUUCAGCCCCUCUCAAAACCAAACACAACACCACCCUUCUCCAGACUUUCCUCUUCAAUCCCACAGGCCUCAGCCAACAAAAGAAAGAGAAAACAGAAGGAAAUGUCUCUCCCGAGAACACCACAAACAGACUCGACCUCGGAGUGCAUGCUACCAGGCCCACCAUCGCGCAACAAUUUCAAUUCCAUCGACCUCUCCUCCUCUGGCCUCCUAGCAUUCCCAUCGGGAUCUUCAAUUUCCAUCGUCGAUUCCCGUUCCCUCCAACUCAUUUCCACUAUCCCUCUCUCGCCUCCUCCCAAUUCUUCUUCUUCUUCCUCCUCCUCCUCCUCCUCUCUCUCUCCUUUCAUUACUUCUGUACGCUGGACCCCGCUCCCUCUUCCUCGCGACCUUCUCUCCACCGAAUCUUCCUCCUCUCACCUCCUCCUCGCCGCCGCUGACCGCCACGGCCGCAUCGCUCUCCUUGAUUUCCGUCUCAAAUCUGUCCUUCUCUGGCUCGAUCAUGAUCCCAGUCCUAAAUGUGGGGUCCAGGACCUCUGUUGGAUCCUCUCCCGCCCUGACUCUUACAUUCUCGCUGCUAUUUCCGGUACUUCUACUCUUUCUCUCUACACUACUGCAACUACAACUACGACUAUCCCUAAAUGUUUCUUCAAAUACGACGCGUCUCCUGAGUUUUUAUCAUGUAUACGACGCGAUCCGUUUGAUUCACGCCAUUUUUGUGCGAUUGGACUCAAAGGCCUUUUGUUGUCUAUUAAAGUACUUGGAGAGACAGAAAAUGAUAUUGUGAUCAAAGAACUCAGUAUUAAAACGGAUUAUAGUGAAUUAGCGAGAUUAGAGAGGGACACGACGUCCUCUAAUAGUGGUGGAUCUUCUCCUGCUCCUGCGUCGGCGGUUUUUCCUUUGUAUAGUGUGAAAUUUUCGUUCUCACCGCAGUGGAGGCAUAUUGUGUUUGUGACGUUUCCUAGAGAGUUAAUUGUGUUUGAUUUGCAGUACGAAACAGCGCUGUUUAGUACGGCGUUACCCAGAGGUUGUAGUAAGUUCUUGGAUGUGUUGCCUGAUCCGAAUAAUGAGUUGCUUUAUUGUGUUCACCUUGAUGGAAAGCUCAGCAUUUGGCGGCGGAAAGAUGGAGAGCAGUUGCAUGUAAUGUGUGCAAUAGAGGAAUUAAUGCCUUCAAUUGGCACAUCUGUUCCUUCGCCUUCAGUUUUGGCUGUCACCAUCUCUCAGUCAGAGUCCAUACUCCAAAAUGUUGCCAAGUUGUGUUCUGAUAUACCUAACACUCCUUUAUCUGAGAAGGAUUUUGAUAAUCCUUUCGAUUUCUUUGAUGAUACUCUUCUUCUUUCCAAGACACAUCUGAUUUCCAUUUCUGAUGAUGGAAAAAUAUGGAACUGGCUCUUCACUGUUGAAGGGACUGGUGACUUUAAAAAAGAUGUCAAAGAAUUGGAUGUGGCUUCUGAUGUCAAUGAAGUGCCACGUUUAGGGGCUAAUGCUGAUGGCAUAGCUUCUGCUGAUGGACUUGCCCCAGGUCCAGAAGCAGGCAAGCAACAAGAUAAUGCAAGUGGAAAUAAAAGCCGUCCACCAUUGGUUCUCAACCAGGCAUGCAUCUCAUAUAAGAUCAGCCUAGUUGGACAGUUGCAGCUUCUUUCUUCAACAGUCACAAUGCUGGCUGUACCCUCUCCCUCUUUGACAGCUACUUUGGCUCGUGGAGGAAAUUAUCCUGCUGCAGCUGUUUCCCUGGUGGCUUUGGGAACUCAGAGCGGAACAGUUGACAUUGUUGAUGUUUCUGCCAAUGCUGUUGCUGCCAGUUUCUCAGUUCAUAAUGGUACAGUAAGGGGAUUACGGUGGCUUGGAAAUUCUAGACUAGUUUCAUUUUCUUACAGUCAGGUGAAUGAAAAGACUGGAGGUUACAUUAAUAGGCUUGUGGUAACCUGUGUUCGAAGUGGCCUAAAUAGGCCAUUUCGAGUUUUGCAAAAGCCAGAGCGUGCACCCAUUAGAGCUUUAAGGACUUCUUCAUCUGGAAGGUAUCUUCUUAUUUUGUUUCGUGAUGCACCUGUGGAGGUUUGGGCAAUGACAAAAAGUCCCAUCAUGCUUAGAUCAUUAGCUCUUCCAUUCACGGUAUUGGAAUGGACUCUUCCAACAGUUCCACGGACAGUUCAAAAUGGUCCCUCUAGGCAAUUUUCGUGGUCAUCCAAAGAACAGCAACCAGUAACAUCAGAUGGAGCAUCUACUCCAAAAGCAUCUUCAUCAGAAUCUACACCAGCAAGCUCAGAUGCAUCUCAGGAUGACACAGCGGAAAGUUUUGCAUUUGCACUAGUAAAUGGUGCACUUGGAGUUUUUGAGGUUCAUGGACGGAGGAUCCGGGACUUCAGACCAAAAUGGCCUUCUUCUUCAUUUGUUUCAUCUGAUGGAUUGAUUACAGCCAUGGCUUACCGCUUGCCUCACGUAGUUAUGGGUGACAGGUCUGGGAACAUACGGUGGUGGGACGUGACAACUGGGCAUUCUUCAUCAUUUAACACUCACCGAGAAGGGAUUCGAAGAAUCAAAUUCUCCCCUGUUGUUCCUGGAGAUCGUAGUCGAGGGCGUAUUGCAGUGCUUUUUUAUGAUAAUACAUUUUCUGUGUUUGACCUUGAUACUCAGGAUCCAUUAGCCAAUUCACUUUUGCAACCUCAAUUUCCUGGAACUCUUGUAUUGGAACUUGAUUGGUUGCCUGUGCGAACUGACAAAAAUGACCCUUUGGUAUUAUGCAUUGCUGGAGCUGAUAGUAGCUUCCGUCUUGUUGAGGUUAAUGUAAAUGACAAAAAACCUGGCUAUGGACUGCAUUCGCGAGCUAUUAAAGAAAGAUUUAGGCCUAUGCCAAUAUGCUCUCCAAUACUGUUUCCCACACCACAUGCGCUGGCUUUGCGGAUGAUCUUACAGUUGGGUGUCGAGCCUUCUUGGUUUAACACUUGUGGUACAACUAUUGACAAGAGGCUUCAUUCAAUUCCUGGAACUGCUUUACCUGCAGCAGAUCUGCGCAGUUACAUGAUUGAUUUACCUCGUAUUGGUGACUCUGUAGUGCCAGAAAUGCUCCUUAAAGUAUUAGAGCCUUAUCGAAAAGAAGGCUGCAUACUUGAUGAUGAGAGGGCAAGAUUAUAUGCUACCAUAGUCCACAAAGGUUAUGCUGUGAGGUUUGCCUUCGCAGCUGCUGUUUUUGGUGAAACCUCAGAAGCAAUUUUUUGGUUGCAGUUGCCUCAAGCACUAAAACAUUUGAUGAAUAAGUUGGUAAACAAGUCUCCACAAAAAGUACCCAUCUCAGCUUUGAUCCCAGACCUUGAUGACACAGCUAUGCUGAACAGAAUUGCAUCGAAGGGAAAAUCAGUGACGGGUCCAGAGAAGCGAGAUUCAUUGCAGCACAAAUGUCAAUUUAGGUCAAUGGCUUUCAAGCAAGAAGAGUUGUGGGAGAAUGCUAAUGAACGAAUACCUUGGCAUGAGAAGUUGGAAGGAGAGGAGGCUAUUCAGAACCGAGUGCAUGAGCUUGUGUCAGUUGGUAAUUUGGAAGCAGCAGUUAGUUUGCUGCUUUCCACCUCUCCAGAUAGUUCUUAUUUCUAUGCAAAUGCUCUACGUGCAGUGGCUCUUUCUUCUGCUGUGUCAAGGUCUCUUCAUGAGCUUGCUGUCAAGGUUGUCGCAGCUAAUAUGGUUAGGACUGACCGAUCAUUGUCUGGCACUCAUCUUCUUUGUGCUGUUGGAAGGCAUCAAGAAGCUUGUUCUCAGCUACAAGAUGCUGGAUGCUGGACAGACGCUGCUACUUUAGCUGCGACGCACUUGAGGGGAUCUGAUUAUGCAAGGGUAUUGCAAAGGUGGGCUGAGCAUGUUCUUCGUGCUGAACACAAUAUCUGGAGGGCUCUUGUUUUAUUUGUUGCGGCUGGUGCAUUGCAAGAAGCCCUUGCUGCACUCCGUGAAGCACAGCAACCUGAUACAGCUGCCAUGUUCAUACUUGCUUGCCGUGAAAUCCAUGAAGAAAUUAUUAGUAAUUUAGGAAAUUCUGAUGAUGAAUCAGGGACGGUGAAGGAUACUCAAGUGGACUUACCUGGAUUGAACCCAGAGAAUGAAGACGUUAUUGCAGUUGGUGAAUACUUUGGGCAGUAUCAAAGAAAAUUGGUGCAUCUGUGCAUGGACUCACAGCCGUUUUCUGACUAAUUGGCUGAGCAUGUGGACGAGUUCCUGUAAUUUUGUCGCUUGGAAGAGGCUAGAUAGAUCGCUGAGAGCAAGCUCAUGCCCAGCUGAAGAGACUGCAUCCGAAUUAUAUCAGCCGAACGCCAGAUUCAAUGUUGAAAAUCGGCUCAGUUUCCCAGUUGGGUUAUGGUGGGAGAACAACUAAAGAAAGAGAUUUGAAGAGAAAUACUCCGCUUGGAUCAGCUCAGACAGAAUGGCUUGUGGCAAUGUUGUUUGUUGUAGAGGCCUUGGUCCGAAGUGGAUAAUGGUGUUGUAAAUCACAGCAAAAGUGUUUUCGGCAUGACACUCAAGAGUAUGUGAUUUUGACAGUAGUACACAGUGAUACCAUUGAUUCUUUUUUUCUUGUUUCUGGGUUUUGUUUAUGGGUGAUCAUAUAUAUACUUAUAUUUUUUUUUUCUUUUUAUUUUUUCUGUUAUAGGAUAUUAAUUAUUAUUGUUAUUUUAUUAUCUUGAAUAUUGUUGAGAAUCAAUUUCAAAUCAUACUGUAAGGUAAUUUUAAUUUUAGAGAAGUGAUAUUAUAUUCA